CAGCGCCGGCUCCGAGGCGGGGUUUGGCGGCAGCCGGAGCCGGCGCUGUCCCUGCGGGCGAGGCCCUGCUGCGGUUCCGAGCCCGGCUCCGAGCCCCCCAUCCCGGCUCCGGGCCCCCUGUCCCGGCUCUGAGCCCCCUCAUCCCGGCUCUUGGACCCCCCCCGGCCCGGCUCGGGACCCCCCCAGGCCGGCCCCGCGAUGCCGGCGCUGCUGGCGCUGCUGGCGGCCGCGCUGCUGGCGCUGCUCGGGGCGCUGAGGGCGGCCGGCCCCGGAGCUCGGGUCCCGCUGAAGCGCUGGGCUCUGGCCGGGCUCCUGCUCUUCCACGGAGCCUGGCGGCAGCGGGUGGUCGCCGGAGGGACCGAGGAGCCCCGCAAGCCGCGCCUGAUCUGGCCUGACCCUCAUGCGUUCGAUUCGGUUUACUUCACGGGCUUUGUGGAGACCAACAAGACCUUUGUGAUUGCUCGCCUUGCCAAACGGCCUCACGGGAUCUGUGAGAUGUGGCUGUUCCUGAGGGUGGAUGGAAUAGGAGAGUUUGAACACCCACAACAUCCAAACAUGAUGGUGAGUGAUGAAUCUGAAGAGAUUUGGAGUGGAGGAGGGCUCACUAUUGAGUACUUAGAGCUCCAAGCACGCUGGAAAAUAAGCUUCGAUGGAUUACUUAGAAAAGGUCCCUACCGACAGCAGUGGAGUGAAGAAGAAGGAGAACUUGUACCAGUUAAAUUCUCUUUUCACUGGGAGAACUUCACAGAAGUCUUCAACUUCAGUGUCGACAGUCACCCCAGCACAUUUGCCCGCGCUUUUGCCCAGGAACCAUGGACCAUUGAGUUUUUCCAAAGGGUCAAAAAACAAAGGGAACAACAUUUCCGACAUGAGCAGUGGGGCCAGUCUGUUGGAGAAAUUGAAAUAGAAAAUCAUGAGAAAACUGAACUUUCCCUCAAAGGCAUUCGGAGCCACUCUUAUGGUGUCCGGAACUGGUCUGAGAUUUACCGUUAUGUUAUGAUUUUGGCACGUUUUGAGGAUGGGACUGCAGCACAUUUAACAGUUAUAAAUAUGCCAGCUACCACAACUAACCUUACUGUAGGUUAUGUUUUUUUCCCUGAUGGGAAGAAGGCCGGGAUUGAGUGGUCCAAUGCCUCGCUGGCCGAGAUGGCUGAUGAUGGUGUUAUCAGGGAUGAAUACAGAGUCAGUUUUACUGCUGGUGGCAAAUACUUUGAUGUUUCUGCGAGGCUGGAUAAGCAAGCUUGCCCUGUGGUGUAUAAUGGCCUGACUGGAAGUGGCGUUUUCCAUGAGUGCAUUGCAGAUUUCCAGCUGAACGGGUUAACGCAAGGCUGGGGCUUGGCUGAAUUUUAUUACAGGGAUGAAGCUGCCCAACUGGUUCCGAAUUUGCAGCUCGGUUCCAAAGCCAACGGACCCAACCUUUCCUCCCAGCGCCCUGUGAGCGACGGCUCUCCUCCGUGAGCUUUUGCAAGCUUGUCCCAGCGGUAUUAACAGGCAGCAGCUUUCAAGAAAUGCUAUUUCCUGCAAAAUGCACAGUUUUGAGGAUGGGACUCAAAGUCACAGGAGGUCAAGGGUGUGAAAGGAUUUGGAGAAAAAGAAUUUGUGAGAGGAUUUGGAGAAAAAUGAGAUACAUUUUUACUUGUGGAUCUCUUAGUGGUUGCUAACCGUGGUGGUCUGGAGGCAAUUUAGAGGAAAUUUCUGAACAGCUGACUGCAGAAAGUUUGCACAAGGAAGGAUUGCUCUAUGCUCUGUCUUUUGGUAUUUUUCCUGAACUGCCAUCUGCUCCCCACCGUGAAGACCAGGACAUGGGGCUACAUGGAACUCUCACCCACGUAGCAGUUCCUCUGUCCUUUCAGAUUUGUUUUUGAAAUAAAAGCUCUAUCUUUCUGAA